GCGUGGCCAUGCCUUCUGCGCAAGAACAGCCUAACAUUUCACAGGUAGCACGGCGAUGGACUCAUCGGAUGAGCGAGCGCAACGGAGUCCCUUCUUGAGCGAUCCAGAUCCAAGCCAAACGCCUGCUCGAACCGUGCCCAUCCUCAAGGCGCCCAACGCCCAGACCUCUGACCCAUCUCCGGGGGAUCCAAUGGAAAUCACACCUCCUGCGACAGCAACGAUGGGCCCUCCGGCCAGGACGAGUGAAGAGAACGAGACAAACGGCAACCAUGAGCAGCAUGCGGGCAUGGGCGAUCAACCAAAUACAGGCAGUCUAGCAGGACCAAAUGCUGCGGCGGCAGCGGCAGCUGGUGCCCAGCAGCCAAAGGUUGUCCAGACGGCGUUUAUUCAUAAGCUUUACAACAUGUUAGAAGAUCAAAGUAUUCAACAUUUAAUAUCAUGGUCAAAUUCCGCUGAGAGUUUUGUCAUGUCACCAUCCAAUGACUUCUCGAAAGUCCUCUCGCAAUACUUCAAGCACACAAAUAUAUCGUCUUUUGUCCGACAAUUGAAUAUGUAUGGGUUUCACAAAGUUAGCGACGUCUUUCACACCGGUUCCCCUGAAUCCCCGCUGUGGGAAUUCAAGCACGGCAACGGUAACUUCAAGCGCGGCGACCUUGUCGGUCUUCGAGAGAUCAAACGCCGAGCGUCACGACAUGCUCUGGUUCAUCGAGAUUCAUAUUCGGCUCCAAAAGUACCGCUCUCCCAGCCAGGCACACCUGCAGAGCCGAUACAUGGGAUACAAGAUUCGACGGAGUCGAGAUUGACCAAUCUUGAACAUACUUUGUACGACAUGCAUGCAAGGCUUCAGAGAAGCGAGGAUAAUUCGCAAUUCCUGCAUGUCCGGAAUCAGGUCGUGCUGGAAGCUCUAUCUCGGUCGCUGCAGCUGAAUCACGAGAUGUCAAGGGCAAUCCUUUCGCUCGCGCCUAGCCCAGAUUCACCGAUACAUCGUGAUGUUAUCAAUAUGCAAGCAGAAAUCCAGCGCCAAGUCGAGGUCAUCCGUUCGAUGGAAGAGUCUCCCGAGCCUCCUUUCUCAGGCAGCCGGCCGUAUUUCUCUAAUCUCUCCCUGGAUAAUGCGCCUAUUUCUCCCCGUCAAGUUCCACAGGAUGAUCCGCGUCGAGCACCACCACCAGCAAUGGGGGGCACUCCCCUGCGGAACAACUACUAUCGGCCACCCGUCCCGUCACACCUUUCCAUCACCCCACGCAGAUAUGGCUCGAUUGGAGCGAACCCGUCGCAGUCUUCGCCAAACUCAUAUCGCCCUCAGGCCCCGCCACCACCUCCACCGCCACAUCCUCUUGCUUCCGCAGCGUCACCACCUUCAAACCUCCUCAGGCGUCAUACCUCGGCUGAUAUCCGCAACGUCCAAGGCUGGCAAGCAAACCCGUCUCCGUUCGCCUCUGGCCAAUCUUCCUCUGCAUGGCCGUCGUCACCGAAACGUGGGCCGACCACGGUGAGUGAGGACCAGCGAAUUCGUGACAGCUUCAGCUCCUACUCCCUAGCGAAUGCCUCUCAAGGCAGGAAUGAUACCUCGAGACCUACAACUCCUCCAUUUGGCAACGGCAAUACGGCGGAUCACCUGAAUAGCUGGACAUGGAGCGGAUCGCGAGAUAAAGGGCCUCCUGGACUUUUCAAGGAUAGCUCUGGACCUCCCACGAGACGAGGAAGCAUGGCUCAUAUUCUGAACCCGGCGGAGACGGCCGAGCGGGAUGAAGAACACGAAGAGGGGCUAAGAGAGGAAGACAGAAAGAGGAAACGGCUACAAUAGACAGCCGAGUGCAAAUCAUCGGCUCGAAAUUAUCGGCGUCUGGAUAACCUCCCAUCAUUCCUCGCCGUUUUACCGGAGGCUUUGAUUUCCUCC